UGGAAGAGGUUUCUGUGCGGCUGGAGAUGGCGGGAUUUCGGGCCAAAUCCAUUUGUUAUUGGGACCAAAUCAAACCGGUGCAGCUGUGCAGGGGAAGGAGCGGCGCUCACGGAUCUGUGCGACUGCUGGGCUCCCAACCCCGGGUCUGUGUGUGUAACUGCUCCGAGUUUGUCUACAUUUAUCAUGUCAGCGGAUCCUUGGAGGUUGUAUAUAGGUUGCCCAGCACUGUGUGGCAAGUGGAGGUGGACAGGAGACGAGAGCGGCUGUUUGUGCUGUGUGGUGGUGGCGGAAUAUAUAACGUACUUUUAAACCAGAAGAGCAGCUUCGUCAAAGAAGCAGGAGCGCAGAAGUUGCCCCUGGAUCCUUCUCAGUCGGGGGGUGACUGUGGCUGUAGCGCGCCUCCUGUCUGUACUGUGGGUGCCGAGCACUGCCUUGUCAGAGACUGUACGAUCUACUCCUUCAUUGGUUUGGACAAAGACAUCGUGAUGGUGACUGAGGAGGAGCGGAAAUGGAAGAUAAAAACCUUCAGACUGCCAGCAGCUGGCUGUGAGGUCCAGAUGUGUCAGAAGAUUGAGGAGAUAGAGUUCACUUCUCAUCCUAAUUUACCAUGUUGUGAAAAAUCUCCUGAACUGAGAUACCCACCUGUGUUGUGUUGCAUUUAUCCUCACGUUGAAAAGGAACAGAAGGAUGGUGAAGAUUACCCUCGUCUUGAAUCAUCUGUCUUCAGCCUCCUGUUUAACGUGGAUGCCAGCUUGCUGCUCUCACCCAUUAUACUUUGUGGAUUCUCAGACGGGCAGGUUUGUUUCUUGCCAAUGAAAUAUACCAGAUCUGAGGCCAAAGAUCACCCACCUCGAAUGACAGUGCUGCUACACCUCGAACAGCCGGUGGUCUUUAUUGGGCCUUUGACGUUAAAACGGGAAGUGAACGAUGAUCAGGAUCCCCAGUCAUCGAGGGCCAAACCCCCAAUUCCCAACAGCAUCGUUGUGAUCGGGAGAGAUGGCAAAGUGGUGAUUAUCAGAUCCAGCCUUCAGAUGGAGGUGUGGUUUCCCAGUUUCAUUGAGUACCACCUUCAAGGCCCCAUCAUCAGUGCAUGCUCCAGCGCCAGUACACUUUAUUACAGCACUUGCUCAGACUUUUUUGCCGUUGAGUUCCUACGUGGUGAUAAUCUUACUGGGACUUCUGGGAGGACGGCAGAUGAGAAGAGUGGCCAGUCUGGUGGAGUUUUGCCCUCCAUCCUCAUCCCAGUCAGUCUGAACAUCUGUGGGGUUGUAGCUGUUUCCAGACCUUCUCCAACUGCUGAAGGUGACGUUCACUUAGUCGCUCUGACUGAGAAAGGGAAAGUGAUGGCGUGCAUCUUACCCCACCCUCUGAAUGCAGCCCCGACCACGAAGCUCCAGGCAGCCAGCACAGGACAGCGCAUUAAGGACCUUCUCUCUGGGAUCAGCAGCGUCUCUGACAGAAUCUCUUCCUUGAAAGUUGUUAUGCAGCAGAAGGACAAAGCCCUGAAAGGACUGAACCAGGACUUCAACAUAUGCUGCGCACUGCUAUCCAGUCAGGAUAAAGUAAUGGAGCCUUCCAAAGAAACAUUCAGCUGCACCAUCACUGCAAGGUGGAACCGUGUUCUACUCCAGGACUCGUUGGUCAUUUCGUGCGUUUUGGAGAACCUCAGCGGCUGGCCCCUGGAACACAGGUGGUCUUUCUGUGUCCAGCUUGUUGCCCAGACCUUGGCUUCAGCCAAGGGGUCAGACAGCACAGCCUUCACUUAUGCCUUUCCCAUCAGUGAGCUUCCACCUCGAGAAAAGAUGGAGGUUGCUGUCCCUUUGAACUCUGAGAGUGAUGGUUUUCUGCCACUUCCUGUGUCUGUUCACUGUUUUCUCCAUUGUAACUUGAACAAUGUCAGUGUGAGGACUGCCAGCAGCCCACCCCUCUCUCCUAGACCCCUGCUGUCUCCUGGCCCUUCAGAAAGUGAUGGAAUCUGUCUGCCCCUAAGCACUCGCGUUAUUGAUUUGUUAGAUUGCUUGCGCAUUCACAGUGGAGGAGCAACUGAAACGAUGCCACAGCUGAAUCACAGGCCUACCACACCAGAUGCAUUGGAGAUGUUCUUGCGCUCUGCUAUGUGCUCUGAAAGCAAAGACAUUAGAGGCAAAGAAAUUGUAAAUGGCUCUUUCAGUGGCCCGUGCAAGGAUAGGACCGGUGCUGGACCAUUUACAGCUUCCAUCAAGUUGUCCUCUGAUCUGAUGGAGGUCACACUGAAAGAUAUUGGCACAGGAAACAAGGCAGAGAAUGGACUAAAUGUCCUCCGAUGGUUGCUGUCAACAAACUCUGAGAUGGAGGCAUUAAGGAUGCAGCCUGCCCCGGCUGUGCACUGUACAGCACCAGAUGGUAGCAGUGUUCGGAUACUCACAAAGCAGGUUGAGGUCAGCAGUUUUUCUGUUGAUGGUCCGAUCACCGUAGUGGAGAUUGUGAUGGAGUGUUCCUCGCUGACCGUGUUUUGUUUCUUGCAUCAGGCUCUCACUCGGCGUGUCCAGAUGCUUUUGGAACAGAGUUCUCCCUGUAGUGGCUCACUGCCUGGUCUUCAUGUGCAGUCUUUCAGACAGCUGGCACACAGCACAGAGGCUCUUCUUAAAGGGGUGCAGUCACUGCGGGACCAGUUGUGCCUUGGGGAGGAAAUGACUCUGAGUGACACUGCGGGCAAACUGCUGCAACUCUACGAGCGACUGAGGAGCAUUGAUUUAGUUAUUGUGUAACAGACUGCUGCAGUCUCCAGGUUGAAACCAUGAGUCUGUCCUCCCCUACAUCCUUUAAGGCUGUUAAAUAACAGGGGCCUGUUGUUGCAUGUGUGGAUUUUAAGUUGCGCACUGGUCUGGUAGCAGUUGUCACUUCAUCAUUUGACAGAUGCCAUGAAGGAAGAGCUUUCCUUUAGGUAGCUCUCCCUCACAGUGUUCGGAAAUUUCAAGAUGGCUCCAAGCAAUUACAAUGAAAACAUAAGUUAUUGAUUGUUGAUUUGUAGAAAAGCAUGGAGCUAAUAUGUCCACAACAAAGUGCCAGAAACAGCAAUGUGAUAAGUUACUCCAUUUGACCUGUUUAGUCAGUGUUGCUUCAGGGACAUACCUUGGCUGGGACAUCAGGGGAGUCACAUACUGUUUGAAUAGUACUAUGGCAUCUUUUUACAGUAGCUGAAAUGACAAAAGGUGCUCUGGUUUAUCUGAAGAAUGUCAGCCCUGAAGUUGUGGCACCUCGUUGAAGUCCUGCUGUAACUAUGUGUUCCAAUCCUGGCUCUGCACCUUAAUCUCACGAUCUUUUGCGUCAGAGGCUUGGACGCUGCUAUUUAUCCAAGCCAAUACUCCAGAUGUGAUAACAACCACCACAGAGGGCCAGUGUGCAUAACCAGCAUAAAUAGACUCAGAAGUUAAUUUCCUUACAAAAAGCGCAUUGAGACAUUUCAGUGAUCUGUUUAAGCACAAGGGAAUGUCAGUGAUGGUCAAUGAGGAACUGUGGUCCAAUGCCGAAUAGUAUCUUUGUGUUUGUACCAGCCCCACUACUAAAGAAACAAGAACUCACAUUGGCCAGAAAUCAUAAUUGCCAAAUGUUUGCCCCAGUGAAGUGUCAGAAACUUCUGACUGUGACAAGCUGGUUCUAAUUUGACAGUGAUGCUGAGAUUUGUUUUGAAAAUGUAGGUUAGAAAUAUCUAAUAAAUUUCUGAUGGGUAUUUAAAGCAGUGUGUGACUUGAGCUUUUUUUUCAUGGAAACAACUAGUCCACAAUCAGAGAGAGCCUUGUCACCCUGGUAGUGUGGGCAGGCACGGUAGUGUAGCGGUUAGCGUAACACUAUUACAGCGCCAGUGACCCGGGUUCAAUUCCGGCUACUGUCUGUAAGAAGUUUGUGCGUUCUCCCCGUGACUGCGUGGGUUUCCUCCAGGUGCUCGGGUUUCCUCCGGGUGCUCAGGUUUCCUCCCACAUUCCAAAGACGUACUGGUUAGGAAGUUGUGGGUAUGCUAUGUUGGCGCCAGAAGCCUGGCGACCCUUGC